CUGCUGCCUCAGAGUGAUGCGGAAGUUGGCCCCCGGGCUGGAGCUGGGAGGGAGGACCGGAAGAUACAGGGAGUUUGUGGGGAUGUCCGGCUGGAGUAGCGAAGUGCCCGGGAGACCGGUAUAACAACGGAGCUGAGAGAACAGGGCAGUAUCAGAGCGCCAGGGAGCGGAGCUUCCCAUUGCUCUAACCAUGACUUCAGAUUCCGAACAAGAUGCUGCUCUUAAAUCUGCUCAGGAACGAGCUGAAAUAGUUGCCAAAUAUGACAAGGGUCGAGAAGGUGCAAAGAUUGAACCUUGGGAAGAUGCUAAUUAUAUGCUUUAUAAAGUCACUGACAGAUUUGGCUUCCUUCACGAAAAGGAGCUACCUUCUUAUGAUGUAGCAUUAGAACGGCAAAAACACCUUGAAAUAGAAAGAACAACAAAAUGGCUGAAAAUGUUGAAAGGCUGGGAUAAGUACAAGAAUAGUGAAAAGCUUCACAGGAGAAUGUAUAAAGGUAUUCCUCUUCAACUAAGAGGAGAAGUAUGGUCCUUAAUCCUUGAGGUGUCUAAACUAAAGGAAGAGAGAAGAGACCUGUAUGCGAUUCUGAAAAAGAGUGCAAGACUCAUGUCUCCAGACAUCAGGCAAAUUGAUCUAGAUGUAAAUCGAACAUUUCGGGACCAUAUUAUGUUCAGAGACAGAUAUGGUGUAAUGCAACAAGCUUUAUUCCAUGUGCUCGCUGCUUAUUCUUUGUAUAAUACGGAAGUUGGAUACUGUCAGGGAAUGAGUCAGAUUACCGCUUUGCUGCUUAUGUAUAUGAAUGAGGAAGAUGCCUUUUGGGCCCUAGUGAAACUCUUCUCAGGCCCUAAACAUUCUAUGCACGGAUUUUUUGUUCCUGGGUUUCCAAAGCUGUUACGAUUUCAGGAGCAUCAUGACAAAAUAAUGAAGAAAUUCAUGCCUAAACUAAAGCAACACUUUGAGUCCCAGGAACUCUACACAAGCCUGUACACAAUGAAAUGGUUUUUCCAGUGCUUCCUAGACCGGACUCCAUUCACCCUUAACUUAAGAAUAUGGGACAUCUACAUACUUGAAGGAGACAGAGUCCUUACUGCUAUGUCUUAUACAAUUUUAAAACUUCACAAAAAAUACCUAAUGAAGCUAUCAAUGGAAGACCUCAUAAAAUUCCUUCAGGAGGAACUGGCCAAGGACUUCUAUCUUGAAGAUGAUUUUGUAGUCGAUCAACUUCAGGUCUCAAUGUCUGAACUGAGACGGGCAAAACUUGACCUUCCUCCUCCAGGCAAAGAAGAUGAGUAUCCAAAGAAACCACUUGGUCAAGUUCCUCCUGAACCUCCCCCAAUACUUAUGAAUCAUGUAAUGAAUGGACAAAAGACGACCAACAAAGUUCCUUAUAUUAACCUUGAAAAAAUACCUUCUCCCAUUAAGGUACAGAAUACUUCCCCAAACACUGAAAGGAGGAGAAAGAAUUCAGUUGAAAAGAACACAUUAAAAGUAAAGAGGACACCCACUGACUAUCGUGCAGAGCAGAAGAAAACAGACAUGGAGGAUAGAAAGUACCUACAGCCCUCAACAACCAUUCAGGAUAAUGUUAAACAAUAUGAUUAUGCUGCAGCAAACCAGAACUCAAAUGCAAUUUCCAAUGUUCCAAAGGGAAUCACUCCUAAGUGGAACUUGCCUACAGAUUCCAAAAAUAAAGACCUCAUUAUAAAGAACAUGAUGGAUGUAAGAGGUAAGCCACCAGAAUAUGGUGUCUCCAAUCAACUAGAAUCCCAAACCGUGAUUACUAAGCAGAAAAAUAGAGUUAAUGAUAUGGAUGGUAAACGUGGUUCCAAUGCAUCACAAUACGAUAAUGUCCCUGGAGGUGAAAAUGAGAAUCAUGUUGAAGAACGUAGAUAUCGUUCUGAUUCGUUCAAUCAAAGAGAUAUAGGUUAUUCAACUAGCUCCAGCCCACCAAGAAUUUAUGAUAGUUCAGGGACGAAUGUACGGCAACAUACUCCGGGACUGUCACCCAAAUUUAAGGGUAGUAAGGCUUAUAAACCACCACCAUCCUAUAGCAACCCACCUGUUUACAAUGAAAAUUUGAAGUCAUCAAGCAGGCUGAAUAGCAAUCCUCAAUCACCUGCAAACUGGGGAAGCCCUUCAAGUAGAUCAUAUGGACAGAGCUUUGAUUUUCCUCCAGAUAAAAUCCCUGUGAGCUCACCAAGUAGACAAUAUCCUGUUACAUCUCCUUCCCACAGAAUUGAAGUCUUACCGGCUGAUGGAAAUGCAACUCUUCAAUUAGCCAGCUUUAAACCGAGGGAUAAAAACAAAUAUAUAAUACCGCCAAUAGAUUAUCAGAUUGACCAUAGUUACUUUCCAGAUUCUGCUUUUGACACAAUGGGACAGCCGUUGAAUAAAGAGAUUUCCAGAAGUUACUUGACUAACUUACAGAACACUCCAAGCUAUCAACAGUCAGCAAGUCAGAAUAACUUUUCUUCCUUUUCUGUUAACAGUCCAGUAAGAUAUAGGACUUCUCCACAUAUUCAGCAAGUAACUCCCCCACGAUAUGCGAAUUCGAACUCUGGAGUAUCCAGCCAACAGUUUAGGAAUCCCCAUGACAGACUUGUUAUGCAUGAAUCAGUGAUGCUGUGAAACAAAAAAAAAAACAAUUUAUUAUAUUUAAAUGAAUACAAAGCUUCAGAUACUUUAUUUCAGCAGAAAAACAGAAUACACAAAUAGUUUCUUUAAUACGG